UUUUACAGGGUAACUGUUGGAUUAUCUGAUUCCCAAUUUUCUUAACCAGUUAGUGUGGACGAACGUAACCCUAGAAAUAAGCAAAAACAUCAUCCCUUACUGGUGCAGAGUGUGUGUAUGUGUGUGUGUGAGAGAGAGAGAUUGAUGGGGGGGAUUAUGGGGAAAGAGCAAGAAGGAGGAGGAUCAUCCGAGGAGGUAGAUGAUACAUCAGUAGUAAUAUUAGCUUCAGAUCUUGGUAUAGAUGCUAGACCAUUCUUGAAUUCAUCAACAUCAGAAGAAGAAACAACUGAGAAUUGGCAUGAUUGUCCUUCUAUUCUUACUUAUACUGAUGAAAACCUAGACUUCUCUGAUCUUGAUGAGUUACAAAUCUUUUCUCUUCAAGGUUAUGAUAAGUCUGGUAAUCGUAUCGUCCGUAUCGUCGGAAAAUACUUCCCAGCACCCGCGGUGAGUGGGGAGAGAUUGAAGAAGUAUAUAUACCAUAAAACAUUCACUGAAUUGUCUAAUGGUCCAUUUUGCAUACUUUAUUUGCAUAGCACUGUUCAGAAAGAAGAUAAUAACCCUGGUUUGUCCAUCUUGAGGUGGAUUUACGAAGAGCUUCCCUUGGACUAUAAGGAGAGAUUGCAAGUUCUGUAUUUUGUUCAUCCAGGAUUACGAUCCAGAUUAGUUUUUGCUACACUUGGGAGGUUUUUCUUAAGUGAAGGAUUAUACUGGAAAAUAAAGUAUGUUAGUCGAUUGCAGUAUUUAUGGGAAGAUAUGAAAAAGAAUGAGGUUGAAAUUCCUGAAUUUGUGGCAAACCAUGAUGAUGUUCUCGAAGAUAGACCCUUGACAGAUUAUGGGAUAGAGCCUGAUCCUCUUCAUCUGAUGGGGGUUCCGUCUAUGCGGUACUCAUUGGGGAGGCAUGAAGAAAGAUGGGCAUCACGGGAAUAUAUAAGCUAGCAUGUAUCUCGGUUUCUCAGUGCAAAUAAUCAGCAACGCCCUUUGAAUUCCCCAAGGUGAUUUCAGGCAGCAGCUGAAGAGUUGGUGAAUAUGGUAGCCCGUCCACAUGCGUAUUCUGAUUUCAGGCAGCAGCUGAAGAGUCCGUGAAUAUCAUAUCCCAUCCACACACGUAUUCGCACCAGGCGGUGGCCCUUAACCUCGUCGCCAGUAGAUUCUUUACCUUGUUGUCAGUAGACUCUUAACAUCAUUU